GUGUCAAAGUCUGGAUGUUGAACAAGGGAACAUGGCAAUCACAGCGCUCAAUAUUGAGGCAGAAUGUUACCGCGAUCAAGUUUGUGGAGGAUGGUGACGCGUUGUUGGGUGGGACAAAAGACGGUGUGCUGUGGUAUUGCCAAAUCCCUAAUGGGACCCUACGGGCUUACACGUUUUUCAAGUCUCAAGUAUAUCACAUCGAUAUCAAUUCUUCCGGUUCGCAUGCCCUCGUGGCCCAGAUGGGUGGCCGCACACAUCUUGUGGGCAUUCGACAAGACGAUAACAAAGGCCUGGUGGAGCAGGCGUACGUACUUAAGGACGCUGAAUUACAAGCGAAAGCGAAUUACGACUUUGGUGCGUCGUUUACGAGCAAAGGCAAGGGGGUCUUGUUUGGGUGUGUAGACGGCAAUGUUAUUGUCUGGGAUAAGAACAAGGCAGAACCAAUGUGUGGAUUGGAUCAUGGGGAAGAUGUGGUGACGCAAGCCGUCGGGAGUUACAUAUCCAAAUCUUCCAAUGUCGACUUCUGGCUUGUAACAGGGAGUGACGACGGAAGGCUGACAUGGUGGAUGCAACCUCAAUCAUCUGAUUUUGAGGACAUGGAAUCUCCUCGGAAACGCAUGAAGACAAACUGAUCUGGGCUGUCGUAUUUUACUGCUCCUUUAUUCUGGAUUAACUUAUCUUGUUUUCUUUUUGCUCUGGAAACCUCUGUACAAUACGUAGAGUACAUAAUUGGUCAUUUGGAGAAUUUAGUCUGGAUCUGUGUUGGUUUG